UCUUCUUCUCCGUCUCCCUCACGCGCGGCGGGGCUGCUCCGGCCCGUCUCCCGGCCUGCGAGGCGAUGGCGGACGAGGAGCUGGAGGCGCUGCGCAAGCAGAGGAUGGCCGAGCUGCAGGCCAAGCAUGGGGAUCCUUCCAGUGAAAUUGCACAACAAGAAUCAAAACAGAGGGAAGCUGAAAUGAGAAAUAAUAUUUUGGCUCAGGUUUUGGAUCAAGCAGCACGUGCCAGAUUAAGCAAUUUAGCACUUGUAAAGCCAGAAAAGGCAAAGGCAGUUGAAAAUUACCUUAUACAGAUGGCAAGAUUUGGACAGCUAGGUGGAAAAAUAUCAGAACAAGGGUUGAUAGAAAUACUUGAAAAAGUGAGUCAGCAAACAGACAAAAAAACAACAGUAAAGUUCAAUAGAAGAAAAGUGUUGGAUUCCGAUGAGGAAGAUUAAUUAAUGGAAUAUGAAAACAGUUGCCAACUGCUAAUUGUCUGGAAUAUGUCAAGGAAAGUAUGUUCUAUCAUAGAUGAAAGUUUACACAAUGUUCUCUACACAUUUUUAUAAAAAGUAAAACGGAUAAGCUUGCCUUCUGUAUAAUUAAGUGAAAUUGUUUCCUUAGAUAGGUUUUAUAUGAGCUUGAGAAAUAAGGAUUCACUCUCUAUUUCUUAGGUUUCAGCUUUCCUUCGACACUGUGUAGUUAAAUUUAUUGUGCAAUUGGCAGAUGUGAAAAGAUACUUGCCCUGACUCUUCUAUAGGUACUUCAUGUCCCAUAGGAAAUGAAAUUCUACCUUACCAACAAAUACCAAUUUGUCUACGGGCUAAAUUACAUAUUGGAAAGAGAAUUUCAUUUGUAUAUUUAAGUAAGGGAGGGACAUACGAUAUACCCAUAAAGUAUUCAUUUCUUAUCCAUGAAUAAAAGUUGAGGAGCAGCCAUCGAGUUUAUUCUCUCCCCCAUGUAGAAAUUCUCUCUUCAUUUUCAAUUAUCUUAGCUGUGAUUAAUGCCAAACAAGAUUCCCUGAUGGCUGUGUUUUUGAAAUUGGCUUUGAAGCCUGAUUAGCAUUACUACGGUUUCAAAGGAUCAGAAAUACUGUGUGUACAUUAUAUGUCAGAACACUUCCUGGAGUUUGAUAAACCUGGUUUGGAAUCAAGCAAGACAGGCUGGUUCACAAAAAUAUGGCUGCAUAAUGUAUUGUUGACUACCCCUGGCUUAGAACAUCAUGAAAUUUAAUUAAAGUCUGCUUGGGAAAAGAAAACCUUCAGUACGUUGUUUUUAUACAGAAGCGGAUUAAUAAAUGCUACGAUUUUUGAACAUAAUUUAGCCAAAGUUAAUUUUAAGGUUCUUUUUAAAAAGAAGAUUUUAAUGUUUGCUAAAAUCAACUACAGGCUAGUUUCUGUGUUUUGUCUUGGUGUAAUUCACCACCACAUAAAUACAUUCUAUUCUACUGAAAUUAUUUCCCAUUUUCAGAGUUGUAAAGCAGCUCAAAGACCACCUUUCAUGCAUGAUGCCACUGUAAACAAUACGCCUUUUUGUUACUGAACGUAAGUGUUUGAUCCAUGCGUACAAUCUAUCCUAUGUAAGUCAGUGUUAAAAGACAAGUUCUUUUUCUGGCUUGUAUGGGCUCUGAAAUGUAUUAAAACCUUUCCAUUAAGCAAAGU